GACGUCACUUCCGGUACUGUGAGAGCACGCAGGCCGGUGAAAAAGAAGAAAAAGAUCUGUUAGACAGUAUCAAUUGUUGCGGACCCGCCAUGUCAUCUUUGCUCAAAGUGGACCAGGAGCUCAAAAAGAAGGUUGAUUGUUUCCGGGAAAGAAUCACAAGUGAAGCUGAAGAUCUUGUUGCAAGUUUCUUCCCAAAGAAAUUAUUAGAACUAGAUGGAUUUCUUAAGGAACCAAUGCUUAAUGUUCAGGAUCUCACCCUGAUCCAUUCUGAAAUGAACUUGCCAGUUCCAGACCCUAUUAUCCUUACCAAUAGCCACGAUGGAUUAGAUUCACAAACUCUAAAGAAGAGGAAAUUGGACGAUGGGGAUGAUACUUUUCCAGGCACCAAAGUCUUUGUGAUGCCCAAUGGGAUGCUCAAAAGCAACGCACAAUUGGUGGAAAUAAUAGAGAAAGUGAAGCCAGAGAUACGGCUGCUCAUUGAGAAAUGUAACACAGUAAAAAUGUGGGUUCAGCUUCUUAUCCCUAGGAUAGAGGACGGUAACAACUUUGGAGUAUCCAUCCAGGAAGAGACUGUUGCAGAGUUAAGGACAGUAGAAAGUGAAGCGGCCUCCUACCUCGACCAAAUUUCCAGAUAUUACAUCACUCGAGCAAAGCUGGUAUCUAAAAUAGCUAAAUACCCCCAUGUGGAAGAUUAUAGACGCACAGUCACAGAAAUAGAUGAAAAGGAGUAUAUCAGCUUACGUUUAAUUAUAUCAGAGUUGAGAAACCAAUAUGUCACAUUGCACGAUAUGAUCCUUAAAAACAUUGAGAAGAUCAAGAGGCCCAGAAGCAGUAACGCUGAAACAUUGUAUUAGUUGUGCAUUUCCUAGGUUACCCUUUUCCCUCAUUUAAAUUUUGUUUUUUCUUCUGCGAACUGAAAAAAGGAACUUGUUUGAAUACAGACCGUCAUUGCCUUGUUUGAACAUCAUCGCUACCAAGAAGGGGGGAAAUGCUCUGGUGGAGAUUCAAAGAAUGCCUUGUUUUACAUAUAAUUUCCUCCCUCUUUGUUUUUGAUUUGUUGAUUAAAUUGUAUGUUUUUACCUUUUUUUAGAGUCGGUUGACUUUCCACCCUGUAGCUUGGGUAAUAUUAGCUACCAGGAGCUGGCAAGAGUUUGUUUAUUCACAAACUUUGAUUAUAUUUAAAUAUCAUGGGUUUCACAGGCUGUUUAUCAUUGAACAGAUGUUUGUUCAAACAGCCAAGGGACUCUAAAAUGUUUAUUGUUGGUUGUCCUGUAAUUUUAUUCCUCUAGAGCCAACUUUUUCAGCAAUGCUCAUUUUGUCUCAAAGUAAGUUUGAAAUUCCAGUCAUCUCACAAGUCCACAAGGUGUCCAGUUUGCGCAGCAAGGGUUUACUGUUAUCAGCCUAUACUGUUGCUUUCCUUUGGGAUCUUGUGUUCAUGAUCAGUUACAGGACUUUUGACCAAGUGUUUAUAGUGGAGAUUAAGAAUCAAGGUUGAAAUCAGGUCAUCCGUACAUUAAGGGUGUUUAUUCCAUUUAAGCACUUUAUUAUCAAAAGCUAUUUCUCUAACCCUGUGUCUGACACUUGGACACCUGUUACAUGUCUACUGUAGCAGCAGUAAGCUUACAGCCAUGUCCUUUAAUCUGUGUCAGACUUGUAUUAAAGUGUAGGUUUUUUUUUUUUAAAGAAGUUUAAUUGUAUCAUAUUUUGAUGCUCUUAAUUUUUACUAUCAUAAGUACCAUUAAUGUAUUUCUGAUACCACAUGGUCAAUCAUGACUUCAUGCUCAACUGUUAGACUAAAACCAGGGUAUUUCAGAUAAGGGUAUUAUGGGGCUCCAUCCCUGUAACAAAGCAGUGGUUGUAUUUAAUUUUCAAACAUUUCAGCUUUUUUUUUUUUUUUACAUGCAGGAGACCUUUCUGUUGCUGGAUUUUACUCCCAUUCAGUUCACCUUAUCUAAUUUACUUUAUCAGUAUAAAAAAAAUGGCAGUCUGUAGGCCCCAUGUAGACUACGAGUUAAUGGUACUGGUGAGUAAGCAUAACAAAUUCAUCUAUUCAAUGCUGUAUAAAUGUGUUGUAUUAUCUUGUGAAAGCAAAACUGCUGCCAUAUAGUGCUCCUGAGCCUACCUCGGAAUGCUCUUCAGCAAAAGAUACCAAUAUAACAAAGUAAAUUUGAUAGAGGUAGUUACUUGUACACAAUUUAGAAAGAAAGAGUGCGUUCCUUGUCCUUUCAACUGCUAGGAACAUAGGAGGUAAACCUCUUGCUUGUUUAUAUAGCUUGAUCACUGUUCACACGCAGCAUUUGCAAGGUACCAAAUCAUUUUUGUUUACAGGAUAUACUUUGGUGUUUUCUCCUGGUAGUUUAACACAAACACAUACUAAGCACCCAAAAAUAGCAAAGGUGAGAUGCUGAGUUCUAAUUAAGUUUACAGCAUAACCCGAGGAUAUCAGUGUGAGGAACAGACUUUAGCAUGUCUCUAACACCUUUACACUACUAAAAGGUUUAAAGCUCAGUAUCACUAUUUUCUAGCUGUUCAUCGUUGUAGUGAUAAUGAACUUAGUGUUUUAAUUUCACAAAUGAUGGCAUUUUGGAAAUGUAAUCAAUGUUUUGCCGAAAUUCCAGUAGAUAAACAAUGAAAUCACUUUUUAGUUUCUAACUUAGGCCUGUUCAGUUUUCUUCUUUUUUUACUCUUCAUCUUUGUUAGUUUACAGCCUGUGCUGCUUAACUUCUCUUACGUUGUCAUUUCUUCUGUUUCUUAAACACCACAAAUCUUUCCAUCAACUGUUGUCACAGCAGGCUGAACCAGAGUGGGGACGUUGACAACAGAUUAUAAAGCACUUAAAUGCAUAUGUUGCUUGGCAUUGCAUUUAAAUUGAGGAGACAUUAAACUGUGUUUGUCACAAGUUUUAUAAUAUUCCUUCAGGGCCUUAAUCAUUAAUGUUAUAUAGUUUGCCACAACAUGAUAUUUUGAUCCUUCCUGUGAGAUUAAUGCUCCAUUUUUUUUUUAGUUGUGCUCACUGCUUUUGGCGCACACAUACCAACUAAGAACACGUCCCUCUGCUUUGCCUUUAUCUAUUUAGCAGGCUAAGUUCUUUUCUAAGGCACCAGUUCAUGUCAAGACUACUUGCUGAGAAAACGAUUAGCAUUUAUUCCUAUUUGUACAUGCUUUUCAACAUAUUCCAGUGAUCCUUAACUGUACAGAAAACUUACCAAAAAGCACAAAUUGUACAAUGCUACUUUUGUUAAUAAAUAUCCAACGCAACACAAAUUUAGAAUCCCCUCUUCUUAAAAAUUAGUAAAUCUUACCCUUAUUUUAAAGUGACAGUUUGCUUGAUUUUUUUAAUUUUUUUUUGUUUAAAAAGAUAAUGCCUUUACUACCCAUUCUCCAGCUUUGCAUAACUAACAUUAUAACACUUUAUAACCUCUAAGUUUCUCUGUUUCUAAGCCCCAGCAGAUCGCCCCUUGUCUCAGUAAAUCUUAAAUCGUGCACACAAGCUAGACAGUGCUAGUUCAUGUGUGCCAUAUUGAUAACAUUGUGCUCACUCCCAUGGAGAAUGACAAUGGUUAUGAAAGAACCAGCACUGAUUUGCUAAAAUGCACUGAGAUAAGGGGCAGUCUGCAGAGGCUUAGAUACAGGUAAUCAUAGAGGUAAAAAGUAUAUUAAUAUACCAGUGUAGGUUAUGCAAAACUGGGGAAUGGGUACUAAAGGGAUUAUCUUUUUUUAAACAAUCUACAUUUUCAAGUAGACUUUAAGCACGAGGAAGCUCUGUGUCUUCUGCUGACAGCACAGUUUUCAGAAAUAUAUUACAAGGUUCAACAUCUCCAUCCAAGAACAUGUUUCUCUUCCCUUCCAGUUGGUGGUAUCCCAGCCUUAAAUUGUAUAUUUUAUUUUUUAUCAUUGUCAUUUUGGCUUUUCUUUAUUGUAAAACAAAUGUAUCUUUUUUUCCCCUGCCAAAAUGACAUGUAAAAUUUUUAAAUUGUCAACACAUUAAAAAUGUCAAUUGAAUGUCUUGUAAA